UCGGGUGGCGUCGAAAGCAAAAAUUUGCCUUUCAGCGGUCCAUAUAUGCGCCCGCUGCCUUCAGCUUCCCACUUCGCAGCGGACCGCUACCGAAGGUUGUCCGCAAAGCCACUCAGAUGAAGCUUAUUUUCAUAUUGACGCGGGACCAGGGAAGACCAGGGUUCCUCGCCGACCAGCCUGCUUCUGGUAUUAAACCGACACUGUUACUUUCUCUGUCUGUUGAAGCCAUCACCAUGAAAGUCGACACCUUCACCAUCGACACGCACUCAUCUGGCAAACCGCUGAAAUGUGCGGCGAAACGGUAUCGGCCGCAUGGGGCUUCGUCCGAGGGACGACCCGCACCCGGGCAUAUCCUCAUAUUCACUCACGGCACUGGGUUCCAUAAGGAACACUGGGAAGUCCCAAUCCUACGACUCUUCACUCAUAGCAAGUCGGGCGGAACGAAGGUUUCGGAAGCAUGGUCGAUUGAUUGGCAGACUCAUGGUGAUUCGGCGGCGUUGAACGAAACAGUGAUCGAGGCACCGGAUUUCGAGUUUUCUGAAUUUGACUACGCUGAAGCGUGUGCGAAUCUGUAUAGGACAUUUCUUCUCGAGAAUAUCGAGAAAGGUUUGAACAAGGUGGUGCUCUUGGGACAUUCAGCUGGUGCUGCGUCUGCGUCCCUAGCGACAAUGUUCUGUGACCACCCGCUCUUCGAAGCUUUCAUUUUCGUGGAGCCGACAAUAUGGCCGGCAGAAAUGGCCGGUGUAGACGCGCCCGUGUACAAGUACGUCAAGCGGGGCAUCCUCACUCGUCGGGAUCAUUGGCCCACCAAGGCGGAGGCGAAGCGUUACUUUGAAGGUCGUGCGCCAUGGAGCUAUUGGGAUUCGAGGAUCCGGGAGAUAUACGUCGAGUACGGCUUGAAACCUGAUCCAGUCCGAGGUGGUUGGACACUCAAGUGCACGCCGAAACAUGAACUAGCGCCGUUCGCCAAUGAUCAAAAGGCUGUGGAUGUCCUUCCCGAGCUGAACAAGACGAUCAAAGUUGUACCUAUACAUCUCAUUUAUGGAGGGAGGAAUGAUAUGUUCUCGCGGAAAAAACAAGACUCCCUACUUGGCGGCGGCCGCAAGUUUGCGUCUGUGACGAGAAUCCCGGAUGCCGGCCAUUUGGUUGUGCAAGAAGCGCCGGAUGAGGUGGCGGAUGUACUAUUCGGGAUAUUGAGAAAGCUGGAUAGGGCGGCUGGUCAUUUUGAGGUUCAAGCUAAGCUGUAGGGUGGGCGAUGACGUAUUUUAUGGAAAUAGAUUUUUGUAUUUAUUUUAUUGUAGUAUUCGAAUACACCGGAUGCUGUAGCAGCGGACACCUGUAUACCUUUCGAGACGGAAAGAACUGA